UGUUCUCAUGCCAAACUCCAACUCCUAAGAAUCUCUCUCCACACACACACAUAUAUACACAGAGACUUUCCCUCCCUCUCUGCAACUCUUCAUCUUCAACAAUGGUAGACCCAACACCCUCUGUCCCAUUCAUUCUUCUCUCGCUUCUUUUGCUCAGUCUUGGAAAUGGGGUUGUCUGUUUGGAAGAGAAGAGGGUCCUCAGCCUGCAGAAGGUUCAGCCCAAGCUGCAGAGCACCGAUACCAGCUGCUUCUCUCAGAAAUCAAGGAGAGAGAUGGGUGCUACCAUAUUGGAAAUGAAGCACCGGGACCAUUGUUCUGGAGUGACCAGGGACUGGAACGAGAAGCUGCAGAAAAGGUUAACAAUGGAUGCUGAAAGAGUGAAGUCACUACAAUCCAGAAUCAAAAGAACAGUUCCAAGCAACACUGAGGAUGUUUCAAACGCUCAAAUUCCAGUAACUUCAGGUAUAGAACUUGAAACCCUAAACUAUAUUGUUACAGUGGAAUUGGGUGCUCGGAAAAUGACAGUGAUUGUGGACACGGGGAGUGAUUUGACAUGGGUUCAAUGCCAGCCUUGUGAUUCAUGUUAUAAUCAACAUGACCCCGUAUUCAAACCAUCAACAUCUCCAUCCUACCAACCAAUUUUAUGCAAUGCAUCGGCUUGUCAGUCUCUGCAAUUCGCUACAGGAAAUUCAGGAGUAUGUGGGAGUGCUGCACCUAUUUGUAACUAUGCCAUUAACUAUGGUGAUGGGUCCUUUACUCGCGGUGAGCUUGGUCAUGAGAAACUCAAAUUUGGAACCAUUCUUGUGAAAGAUUUUAUAUUUGGCUGUGGCCGGAACAAUAAAGGUCUCUUUGGGGGAGUUUCGGGUCUGAUGGGCCUGGGAAGGAGCGAUCUCUCAUUGAUUUCUCAAACUUCUGGUAUAUUUGGAGGAGUCUUCUCCUACUGUUUACCUUCUACUGAAAGAAAGGGCUCAGGUUCACUGAUUCUUGGUGGCAAUUCUUCGGUGUACAGGAACUCCAGUCCCAUUUCCUAUGCUAAAAUGAUAGAGAAUCCACAGCUCUACAACUUCUAUUUCAUCAACCUUACAGGAAUUAGCAUUGGUGGAGUAGCCCUACAGGCUCCAAGUGUUGGUCCCAGCCGAAUUCUAGUUGAUUCAGGCACGGUUAUCACAAGGCUUCCUCCUACAAUUUACAAGGCUCUGAAGGCCGAGUUUCUGAAACAGUUCACUGGGUUUCCUCCAGCACCGGCUUUCUCAAUCUUGGACACUUGCUUCAAUCUAAGUGCAUAUCAAGAAGUUGACAUUCCUACAAUAAAAAUGCACUUUGAAGGUAAUGCUGAGCUGACUGUAGAUGUAACUGGGGUCUUCUAUUUUGUGAAGUCUGAUGCUUCUCAGGUAUGUUUGGCUCUUGCUAGUCUGGAAUACCAAGAUGAAGUUGCAAUUUUGGGGAAUUACCAGCAGAAAAACCUAAGGGUUAUAUACGAUACAAAGGAGACAAAGGUUGGAUUUGCACUAGAGACUUGUAGUUUCGAAUGAAAAGAAGGGAUGUGUGUGGUUGUGAAUAUACUAUUAUCUAUGAAGCAAGCCAAGUGACUUGUUGGCUAUAACAUCUUCUAGGCAGAUGUCUCCGUCGCAUAUGCACUUAUGACCAUCAACUAUCCAUUGGGGAAGGUAUAUGAUAUUUAAAUGCAAUUUGUGAUUUUCAGUGCUUUGAAGUGUAAUAAUCUUACAUCUACUGUGCUGAAGGAAAAAAGGGAUGAAUUGCAUAUUUAUUACUGUCAAAUAUGUUUCAGAAUACGAGUCUACAAGGAAAUAUGCAAACAAAAGUCGAUGUGACUAAUCAAGUCUCAUGCACUUAUGCUGUCUGUUUUUGAA